AUGGGUGAAAGGCUUUUCCUUGCCUCUUUCACAGUCCUCGCAGAAUGGCAUAAAGCUCUUGAGGGGAUUUAUAGGUUUGUGGCAUGUGAAGGAGAUAUAACUGAAUUCUAUUUGCAGGAUUCUCCAGUAAGAGGACCAACUGGGUUGCAGGCUGGAGAUGUUAUAAUGGAAGUCAAUCAUUGCUCCAUUCAAACCCAAGCAACUUGGGAGCAGUGCAUUAUAAAGAGUAUUACAAAUGAUCAGUUAGGAUUUUGCAUACCAGAAUCAGCAGUUCACUCAUAUGAUGAGACAAUUCACCAUGCUUUUGAAAGCUCUGAUGGAUCAGUUCAGUGUUGUAGUGGAGACAGUGAAGCACAUCUGUGUUUUGAGUUGUUAGAAGAUAAAGAAAAAGAUUCAGGAGUGGCUGCCAUGCAGCCAUUCUCAUGUUUACCUGCACGUUUAGCAAUAUCUAUGAGCUCAAAAUCGUGUAUGAGCUCCGCUUCUUGUCCUCGUGAGACUCACUGCCUGGCUCCCUCCUUGAAAAAUGCAACCAGGUUGAUCAGAAUCAAACGUCAAGGAUGGAACAGUCAGCGUAAAGAGGAUGUUAUAUAUCUUGGCCCUCCAGCAUACCUUUACCACACAGUUUCUCUUACAGGCUACAUUCCAAAGUUUUCCUUACUGCCUGUCAACUGGCCUUCAGCCAUUGAGAUCUUCUGUGAUUAUAUGGUCAAGUUUUCAGGUGCCCUUGCUAUUCUCAACAUGGUCCCGGUUAUGUACUUAGAUGGUUACUGGAUAUUUGGUGCUGUCAUUGACUUACUCCUUUCAUCACAUUGUGACAAAGUUUCAAGAAAAGUCAUUCACAUAAUCUUUACAAUUUUUGGAAGUAUCUUGUUGCUUCUGAAUAUGAUUUUAGGUAUUCAGAAUUUGUUAUGAGAUUAUGUGAGAUUAUUGUAAUCAAAGUAACAGGUAUGGAGAUAUAUAGAGAUAAAUAUGAAAGUGGUUGCCAAGAUUUUGUCCAUAUAAGUUGUAACAUUGAUAGUAUUUUUUACACAAUGUCUAUUUUGUCUAUAUAGGCACUGUUAUCUGUGAUUUAAAUAUUUAAUAAUAGCUUCAAAGUAUACUUUUCAGUAAAACUUCACUACGUGUUUAAAAAUGAACUUUCAAAAAGGUAUAUUAACAGAAAGGUGACUUUCAGGUAGUACUGUACAUUCAUGAUUUCAAAUUAAGAAAUUGGAAUGGUCAUAAAGUAGAUAAUACCAAAGUUAUAGAUCACUUAUGAUCAAGUGAAUCAUAUGGAUAAAUUACUUUAAUUGCUUGUGAUAAACAUAACAAGUUUCAGUGUAUGUAUAUACUGAACUCAGAAGAUGGGAGAGGGAAAUAUCAUAUUCCGCAAUGACUUACUAUGACUGUUUCGUUUUGCUGAUUAAAACAUUUUUAUUUUUAUGUGGUAUCUGUAUAUAUAAUACAUGACAAUUUUGAAUGAUAUCUAUAUACAAAUAGUCCCCAGUUUUCAGGAGAGGUUCCAUUCUUGGCAGGGUGCCAAUAAGCAAAAACCACCAUUAACCCUUAGUGGACAGGUAAGAAGUCAAUAUGCAGCUCCUCAGUGGACAGGUAAAAAGUCAAUAUGCAGCUCCUCAGGCCAGGUAAACUUUGAGGUUGGCCAAUUUAAAAAAAAAAAAAAAAAAAAAAAAAAAAAAACAAAAAAAAAAAAAACAAAAAAAAAAACAAUGGAAAAAGGAAGAUAUGCAAAUGCACAUGGUAAAAGAAUAUUUUUUUCCCCCUACCUUCCAUGAGAAGUUGAAAAUGGCUAUUUACAACCCCUUGUGGAACCUCUUUUAUACCAAUUUAUGUUUUUUCUUAUAAAUUAUUUUAUUUUCUAAAAUCAUAAUUACAGCUCACACAAUAGCAAAACAGAAAAGAAAUAAAAUCAAUAACAAAUUUUUAGCAUAUUUGUUGAAAAAUAUUUACGUAAAUUUAUAGAGAACGAAGAUUGAGUAACUUUCUUGUAUAUGUACAUGUUUUUUUCUAGUAUUUCUUUGCACUUUUCUUUGCUAAAUUACUUUUACAAUUGACAGACUGUCGUAAAAGACAAGAACUAAAACCAACAGCAGUCCUUUGGUAUAUUUAUGAGCAAAUUUAUAAAAAGUCAAGAUCAGUGUAAAAGUUGCCAUGGGCUGUAGAAGUAUUGGCACCUCUUUCCUGCCCGAUUAUUUCCAAAUCAAUGGAGCUUAAUAUUGCUUCUCUACAGGAUCAGUCUGUCCACCACCCCAAACCUGUUAUUGCAACUCCUUAGAAGAUGUCUGUCCAUUAAGGGUUAAUUGAAACUUGGCGAAUCGUGGCGCCAUAAAUUGCCAAAUUAUGGUGGUAGACAGGUGCAGUAAAACUGGAUUGCCAUGAACAGA